AACUGAAAGUAUUACAUCUACAGUAAAUGAACAUUUACUGAUAAAGUGAAGGACAGAAAGCCUCAAAAAAGGCUGCUAGAGGCAGAAGAAUGUGGCUCAAAAGUCAGAUAUUACUCUUAUAUUGCAUUGCAAGUGAUGUUUGGAUGGCAAAGCAGCUUGAUUCUAGAAGAAAUUUCCCCCGGGGACUUUACUCUGUUGAAGAUGGUGGUUCUGUGAAGUGGAACAGGCUGAAAAGGAGCCUGUAUCAGGGAAGGUCCUGCAGGGUACGAGGCUGUUGCACAGGAAGGGAUGAUGACUGCAGCUUUAACAUCGUCUCCAAAGCAGCUAUAUGUUACUGUGACCAGUACUGUGCCUCAGGUUCUCCUGGCCCAGUAGACUGUUGUGCUGACUACUGGGAUGUCUGUGACCACCCUGUUGAGCCCACCAGGUCAGAUGAGCCUUGGCCACCUCUAACAUCAGGUUGUUAUAAAGAUGGCCGAUAUUACGGAGAAGGAACAAUAAUUAAAGACAACUGCAAUUCCUGCAAAUGCUUCCAAAGUCUCUGGAAGUGUUCAAAAGAAGUGUGCCUUGUUCGUCAAGACUUAAUUCAGCACAUAAAUUCUGGAGAUUAUGGAUGGAAAGCUGACAACUACACUCAGUUCUGGGGAAUGACAGUGGAAGAAGGUUUCAAAAAGCGCCUGGGCACCCUACCACCAUCUCAUUCCCUGCUGAAUAUGAGAGAAAUUCCAGGAAAGUCACUUCCAGAAGAAAAAUUUCCUGCAUUUUUUGCAGCCACUUAUGCAUGGCCUGAGUGGAUUCAUGAUCCUCUGGAUCAACGAAACUGUGGAGCAUCCUGGGCUUUCUCAACUGCAAGUGUUGCAGCAGAUAGAAUAGCUAUUCAUUCCGAGGGUCAUAUCACAGACAACCUUUCAGUUCAGAAUUUGAUAUCUUGUGAUACCAGGAAUCAACAUGGAUGCAAUGGUGGAAGUAUUGAUGGUGCUUGGAGAUACUUGAAAACACAUGGGGUUGUAUCCUAUGCUUGCUAUCCAUCAUUUUGGAACAAUAAUCUGGAACCCUCAGGUGAAAAUCACUGUUAUGUGUCAAGUGAAUAUGGAAAAAACUAUACAAAUGGGCCAUGUCCCAAUGCUUUAGAACAAUCCAAUCAGUUAUACCGGUGUGCCUCUCACUACAGGGUCUCCUCAAAGGAAACUGAUAUAAUGAAAGAAAUAAUGGACAAAGGACCGGUACAAGCUAUAAUGAAAGUGUAUGAAGAUUUUUUUCUUUACAAAGAGGGAAUCUACAGACACUCCCAGAAAGCAGGAUCUAAAUGGAAAACUCAUUCAGUCAAACUCCUUGG